AUGGCACCUUCUGAAAUGCCCAGCUCCAUCAAUGGGGUCAAUGGAAUUGCAGAGAUAUACGAAUAUCCGCCCACCAACGUGGAGGGGCCAUACAAGAUCCUUAAUCAAUACCAUUCGAAGCCUACCAAACUUCGAGUUGCUUGCUGCGGAGCAGGAGCAUCAGGUCUCUGCUUAGCGUACAAGAUGGAGCGGAUGCUUACACCGGGUUCUUGGGAAUUGACUCUAUACGAGAAGAACCCGCAAUUUGGAGGCACAUGGUACGAGAACACCUAUCCCGGUGUUGCUUGUGAUAUCCCAUCCCACGACUACAACUUCACCUGGGAUCCAAAGCCGGAUUGGUCGCAAUUCUUUGCGUCUGGAAAGGAAAUUCAGGGGUAUUUUGAGGACUUCGCUGAGAGACAUGGAAGUAAGAAGUACAUGAAGCUCAACAGCAAGAUUGUCGAAGCGCGAUGGGACGAUACUGAGGGUAUUUGGAACAUUACGUUAGAGAACCAGGUGACCAAGAAUACUUUCAAGGACUGGGCACAUGUCUUUGUGAACGGAACCGGUAUCCUAAACACAUGGAAGUGGCCAGAUAUUGAAGGUCUCCAUGAUUUCAAGGGACCAUUGAUGCAUUCUGCAAAGUGGGAUCACAGCGUUGAUUUCAACGGCAAGACAGCUGGUGUCAUUGGCACAGGCUCCACAAGUGUACAGAUCGUUCCCCAGCUACAGAAGAUUUGCAAGGAGGUAGAGGUCUACAUGCGAAGCCCAACUUGGAUCUCACCUCCAUUCGGAGCCGGCGCUCUCACGAACGACUUACAAAAGGGCCAGGAGGUUAACCCGGGGCAGCGCCAAUACGACUUCACCGAGGCCGACAAGAAGAAAUUCGCAGAGAAUCCAGAUUAUCACCUUGAUUUCCGCAAGCGGAUCGAGGCGGAAAUCAACAGUCUCUUCGGAAUGUACCUGCAGAAUUCCGAACUAUCCAACAUGUUCCGAGAUGUCAUCACAAAGGAGAUGAACCGCCGCAUGGGGCCAGGCCAUGAGAAGCUAAAAGAGUUCAUCAUUCCUAAGUGGUCUCCAGGAUGCCGGAGAAUCUCGCCUGGUGAUGGUUAUCUCGAAGCACUAGUGCAGGAUAAUGUAAGUCCAGUUUUCGAAGGCAUCAAGAGAAUCGUGUCAGAAGGGAUUGAGACUGUAGAUGGAAAAGUGCACAAGAUGGACAUUCUUGUCUGUGCUACUGGAUUCCAGGUUGCGUUCCAGCCCGCUUUCACAGUGAUCAAUGGUGAAGGCAAGUCUAUCAAGCAGGACUGGACGAAUGGACCCAACCUCUACUUUGGCGUGUCAGCGCCUAGAUUCCCCAACUAUUACACCAUCGUCGGGCCUGGUGCCACCUGGAGUAAUGGUACUCUCCUCCCAUCAAUCGAGACUACGAUCGAGUAUUCGAUCAAGUGCAUGAAGAAGAUGCAGACUGAGGGUAUCAAGGCGAUGGCGGUUAAGCAGGAAGCACUAGAUGAGAUCUACUCCCAUUUCGACGAAUUCCAUAAAGCGACCGUGUGGCAAGAAGAGUGCCGAAGUUGGUUCAAGGAUGGGAAGAUCAAGAACCGUAUCUACCUAUGGCCAGGCGCUACGAUCCACUUCCUCAAGUCUAUCAAGGACCCGCGCUUCGAGGACUACGACUACACAUACAGGUACAAGAACCGGUUUGCGUUCUUGGGUAAUGGCGAUGUGAAGGCGACAGUUUCGAAAGAUGUCCUUGGGCUGAGUCCAUACAUCAGGAAUUCGGAUCAUGAAUGGAGUAUCGAUUAA